AUGUCUCUUUCUACCCUCUCUCUGCUGGCCACGGCCUCCCUGGCGGCCGCCACCUCCUUCGCCGCUCGCUACCCCUCGGCCGCCCUCGAGACGGUCGACGUGGUGGUCGUCGGCGGGGGAUCGGCGGGCACCAACGCCGCCAUCUACUUCAAGGACGAGGGCCUGUCGCUGCUGCUGGUCGAGAAGCAGGACCGCCUGGGCGGCAUGGUCAACAGCUGGACCGACCCGGACACGGGCGUCACGUACGACUACGGCGUGGCCACCUACACCAACCAGACGGGCACCACCGCGUAUCUGGACCGCCUGGGGGUUGCGUACGACGUGCCCUCCGAGGGCUCCUUUACCUCCUACUACGCCGACUUUUCCACGGGCGAGACCGUCGACUACGUCUCGCCCAGCAUCGACGGCGAGAUCGCCGCUCUCGAGACGUACUACAACGUCUCCAGCCAGUAUGCGGAUCUCUUCCUGCCCUCGUAUGCCAACUGGCCUGCAGGCGACGCCAUCCCCGAGGAUCUGACCAUGUCGUUCCGGGACUUUGCCAUCAAAUACGACCUCAACGACACCAUGCUGCUCAUCUGGGCUGGGAUUGGCGCCGGAAUGGCCGACAUGCUGGACGCCCCCACGAUCUACCUCAUGCAGACGUUUGGCCCCCAGACCGCAGCAGUCUUCCUGGGCACCGACGUGCAGUACCACGCGUCUUCCGGACGCAACCAGGACUUCUACGACGCCGCCGAGGAGAUCCUGUGCGACUCGGUGCUGCUCAACAGCGUCGUGGUCGAGUCUAUCCGUCUGGAGGACAACCUGGGCGUCGAGCUGCUGGUGCACAACUCCGAGACCGACGAGUACACCAUCAUCCUGGCCGAGCGGUUGGUCAUGGCCAUCGAGCCCACGGAGAGCAACAUGGCCGCCUUUGAUCUGGACGAGACCGAGGAGGCCAUCUUCGACGUUGCCACCUGGAGUGUCGUCAACACCGGCAUCAUCUCGCACCCUUCCCUGCCGGUCGAUGGCUUGUUGUACAACCUGCCCGCCACGGCGGUUGACGGCGACGAUUUCGCUCUUCCCGAGCCUCCUUUUGUCGACUACUUUGAGUACAUCGGAGAAGGGCUCUGGCAGGUCAUCGUCGUCGGGUGGGAGGGUUUCGCCUCCGAAACCGCCCAGGAGAUGGUCAGCGAAGCCAUCGAGACCCUCGCCGCCGCAGGAACCAUCCCCGCCACCAACGGCACGGCUGUCACCUUCAAGGCCUGGUCGAAUCACGGCGCCAUGGACAUGCGUGUCACCGCCGACAAGCUCAAGGACGGCUACAUCACCGACCAGUACGCUCUGCAGGGCCACCGGUCGACCUACUGGACCGGCGCUGCCUUUUCGAACCAGCUGUCCACCUUCCUCUGGGCUUAUAACCUCGAGUAUCUGGUUCCUCUUGUCCUUGACAGUCUCAAGGCUUAG